AUGCUCUCAUCCCCAAUACUCUCGACUCAAAGUACACCUCUUACUGAACCCCUUUCCACCCACCAGGCAUGUGUGGAAAGGGUUAUGACUCAAGAGCAAGCUGUGCUGCACACACGCUUCCGUGAAUCACACGUGAUCGCAUCUCCUUUCCCUUUCCACCAGGCAUACGUGGAGGGCUAUCUGCAAGCCAUGCUGGACACACUGUACCGCCAGCCCUAUGUGACUGUCAAGAUUGCCAACGACACUGUAAGUCGUCUUUUGAGGCGCCUCACAGGUCGUUCUCAAGAACCUACCAGGUCGUUCUCCAACACAUCACUCACCAACGAGAUGGUCCCUUCUGCUUCUUCCUCCUCCCGCUCCCAUUCCCUUCCACCUCCAAUCCCUCCUCUCCAGGUCGUUCUGAAGAACCUCCCCCCCAACACGUCGCUGACCAAUGAGAUGGUGACAUGUGUCACGGACUUCCUGGUCACAGAAGGGCUGCUGGAGCCUGAGAGGGGAGGCGGCAGGGAUGGAGGCAGGGGAGGGAGGGGGAGGAUGGGGAUGCCUGCUGCUGCUGGUGCUGGUAUCUGUGGUGCUGCUGGUGGGGCCGGGGAGGUGUCUGCUUUCCGAUCACUGCGGCGCAUUCAUGGGGAGCAGAUGGUGAGCCGUGUGUGGGAUGAGGUGGGCCCCCACAACGCACGGGUGGCAGUGAGGGCGCUGCUAGAGCAGCUCGCAGUCACUCUUCUCAUCCGCACGCUCCGACACCAGACUGCCAGGUGGCUGCACGUCAAGCCGCCACCUGGCACCCAGGCUGACGAAGGGGCAGCUACAGCCGCUGCUACAGGAGACGGUAGAGGGGAAGAAGGGCAAGAGGAAGGGAGGGCUGCUUCUCUCGAAGCUGACUUGUCAGCACAGCUGUCCGUCGCGGACCUGCUGUCGUGUCUCUCGCGGAUUGAAGAGCGGUCCGAGCAGAUCAAGGCGGAGAUCAUACAGGAGGUGGAAGGCCGACACGAGGAGCUUCGGCAGCUGAUGUGGCAUGCGUGCCAGGCUGGCGAUGACGUGGCGGUUCUGCUAGCUGAGGUGGAUGCCCUGGCUGCCAGCGUUUCACCAGCAGAAGCUACCGAAUCCGGUCCUAGCGGAAGGGAGGGAGGAGGGAAUCAUGAAUUUGGCUCGGGACAAGCUUCGGCAACUGGCUCGGGAGCAGCACUAGGGUUCGUGGAGGAGGUGGUAAGGGCGACCAAUGAGGUGCGAGCGUUGAAUCAAGCAGCCAAUGAGAAAGCAGAGAUUCGGAAAGCAGUGGAGGAGAUAGUUCAGCUCCAAAGGAAACAGGCAGAGAUGCAAGUGCUGCUGGGGAGAGGAAGGCUCCUGGAAGCUGCGACUCUGGCUCGCUCCUUCAAAGACUCCUUCGUGGAGGGUGAUGUGGGGGGACCAAGGGACGUUAGGGACGGCGAGGCAGAGGGGAAGGGCAGAGAGGAAGAGCAAAGGGAGGAGCCUGUGGUGGUGACGCUGCUGCGGCAGCAAGUGGACGGCAGCUGUAAGCAGCUGCAGCACAGCCUGGAGCAGCAGCUGUGGCAGAUGCUGGUGAUUGACCCGUCCAGCCACUCCAUCCGUAUAGUCACAUCCGCUGCACUCACACCUGCCAUCACCAGUGCUGAUAGUACUGCUUCUGCUCCUGUUGUGCUACUGUCAGAUGUGCUGUCCGCCCUAGAAGUACUGACGUCGCCUGUGCUUCCACCACCAUCCGCACCAGCAGCACCAGCACCUGCAGCAGCAGCACCACCACCAUCAACAGCAGCAGCAGCAUCAUCAUUAGGAUCACUGCCAGUAGCAGCAGGGCCGUUAUGGUCUCGAAUAGCAGCGUCCAUCCAUUCAGCCAUCGUGCUGCCUCUGCUCUCCUCCCCUUCCACCUCCCUCAUUGCCUCACCACCUGCUGAUGCCAGCCCUGCUUCCCCAAGGGACGCUGCCUCCCCCCCUGCUGUUGUUCUCAUCCAUGUUCAAUCCGAAACCUCUGCACCCGCAUCAGCGACACAUGAGCCAUCAGCUGGAGCACCUUCAGAUUUUUCAGCAGCAGCAGGAGCGGCAGCAGGAGCAGCAGCAGCAGCAGUGACACCAUUCCAUCUGUACCCGCUCCUUCUAGACCUCAUCCGCUUCCUCAGCCGCCAUCUCACCAGCAGCAGCGGUGGCGGUGGUAGUGGCAGCAGCAUUCGACUGCAGCGUCUGGCAGCGGCCCUCUGGCCUCGAAUGGCCGACAGCAUCAUUGAAAGGUGUUUGGCAUUGGCUGUUCCCCAGGAAACGAGGGAACUGGCUCGGUUCCAAGAGGUGGUGGAGGUCACUCGGGCGUUCGAAGCAGCUCUCAGAGCGGAGGGGUUUCUCGCCCCUCUCCCAAAAGCUUCUGCAGCACUCAAGGGCGUAAAACUGCAGGCAGGGGGGACAGUGAAGAGAGCAGCAGCACCAGUGGGGGACAGGCUGAUGGCAUAUGCUGCCGACGUGGACAUGCAUUUCGCAGAGAAGAAACGAGUGGCUGCUCUGGCGGCUGUGAGGCACCUGCUGCUGAAGGGAGACUUUUCGGUCUCACGGCUGGUGGUGACUCCUGUGAGUCCAGACGUGAGCAACCCAGCACUACAGCCAGCAGUGUUUGGUCAACAGCUGCUGCAGCUGGUGGUUGGGGAGCCUGGCACUGCUGCUGCUGAAGCGACGUCUGACAUGGACAACUCGGUGUUCUUCUGGGAGCCAUGCCACGUCAGCGAGCCCGUGUGCAAGAUCAUCGAAAUCGUUCACAACACCAUGGAGGAAGCUUCCCAGUCUACGGAUCGUACGGCCAUGGAACUCUAUCGGGCAGCACGAGACAUCUUCACCCUCUAUCGUGCUCUGCCAUCCUCUGCUCCUGUGGACGUGGCACAGCUGGCAAUGAUAGCAGUCAACGACCGCCUGCUGCUCAGCCACGUCUGCCUCUCCCUCGCGCUGCAGUACCGCGCGCGCCUGCCAGCUGGCGUGCGCCACGUGGCGACCUUUGCUGAUGUGUCGCCGUUCCUGCGCCAGCUGGCAGAGGAGCAGAUGCAGCGCGUGCUGGAGCGGCAUCACGGGUAUCUCAUGGAGGCAUUGGAUGGGGCGCAGGGGUUUAGGAACACGGAUGAAGAGGAGGUUUAUCGCUCUGCACCGCGGGCUCUCAAGCAGGUGGUGCAUCACCUCGCCCACCUCUCAUCUGUGUGGCGCCCAGUCUCACCCCCCUCCCGCUACCUCCGAUCCAUGAGUCGUCUUGUCUCGGCUGUGCUCUCCCGCUGCUGUGCGCAUGUGCUCGGCCUGCCAGACAUAUCCGUUGAUGAGACUGAGCAGCUUCGCAAGCUCUUUGCAGGGAUGCUGACUCGUUUGCCGCCUCUAUUCCACGUGGACCUCUCAGGAGCCAUUGGCAGCGCCCAUGGCGCCACGUCAGCAUCUGUAGCUGCAGCUGCUGACCUGGAUGCUGACGUGUCAGAUGCCGUUGCUGACACAGCAACACUCGAGUCUCUUGUUCCUGUAUUUGCUUGA